CGUCUCGCCUCCAGCACGCCCCGCUCCGGCAGCCGUCACGGGAGGAGGCCGGGACGAUGCUGGAAACGCUGCGGGAGCGGUUGUUGAGCGUCCAGCAGGACUUCACGUCGGGGUUGAAGACUUUGGGCGAUAAAUCAAGAGAAGCAAAAAAAAGCAGACAGAGAACUGCUCAGCAUUCACCAGAGUUUUCUGCUGGACUGGAAUUACUGAGCAGAUAUGAAGAUGCUUGGGCUGCCCUUCAUAAAGGAGCCAAAGAUUGUGCAAAAGCUGGAGAGCUGGUGGACAGUGAAGUUGUGAUGCUCUCUGCACACUGGGAAAAGAAAAGGAACAGUCUGGUAGAACUACAGGAUCAGCUCCAGCAAAUACCUGGAUUUUUAGCAGAUCUGGAAUGCCUUACAGCAAGCCUAGCCCGUCUAGAGGCAAACUUUGAAGAAAUGGAGACUCAGCUGUUGUGUCUUGAGGACCUGUGUGAACAGUGUGAAUUGGAAAGAUACAAAUGUGUGCAGACGUUACAGCUGGAAAAUUACAAGAAAACAAAAAGGAAGGAACUUGAGGCCUUCAAAGCUGAGCUGGACGCUGAACAUGCACAGAAGGUUCUGGACAUGGAGCACACCCAGCAGAUGAAGCUGAAGGAACGUCAGAAAUUCUUUGAAGAAGCCUUCCAGCAGGACAUGGAGCAAUACCUUUCUACAGGAUACUUGCAGAUAGCAGAGAGACGAGAACCAAUUGGCAGUAUGUCUUCCAUGGAAGUGAAUGUGGACAUGCUGGAACAGAUGGACCUAAUGGACAUGUCUGACCAAGAAGCACUCGAUGUCUUUUUAAACUCAGGAGGCGAGGACAAUAAUAUGCUUUCUCCCAUGCUGGGGCCUGACUCCAGCACCUAUGUGAAUGAGAUCAGUCUUCAGGUUCCGAGCCAGUCCGAAUUACGCCACAAACUGUCUUCGCUGUCAUCCACCUGCACUGAUUCUGCCAGCCAAGAGGCGAGCGAAGGAGAAUCUCCGGUCGUUCAGUCUGAUGAAGAGGAGGUUCAAGUGGACACUGCACUUGCUGCUGUCACUGAAAGAAAGGGUGCUUCAGAUGUUAGUGAUGAAAGUGACUCUCAAACUAUUUGAAUCUUAAAACCAUAUCCUUUAAGAAUGACUUCUGAAUGAAUGAACAAAUGAAUGAGGAGCUUGCCUGUGUCACAAUUUGCUAACCAAUCCAAACAGCCAGACCUUUUUACUAGUACUACAUGCAGCCUUUUUACAGAAUUGCCAGUCAGGUGGAGGUUGGUUUUUAACAAUAAAAAUAUGCCUAAAGCACACACACUUUAACAGUAGUCUUGGGGCUCAGGGGAGCAGUGAAACUUUUGUAUAUACUAUGUAUAAAAGAAGUAAAGGGGAAAGAUAAAAGUUACUACGACCGCUAACCUUUAAACGGCUGAUUGGGAAUCUUUCCAUUUGAUGUAUAAUGCUGACCCCAAAUUGUUCCCUGCAUGUUUUCAGCUGCUGCACCUGAAGGUUUAAGAUCCAAACCAAAAUGGAAAGCUAUUUUCUACUCUUUGCUACCUACUGUCUGCCUACCGCUUUUGUCUACUGAUGCAGCAGCAUUUACUAUCUCACACUUCUUAUUCAGGACCGACUUAGUUAUCGUAGGUGUUAAGGAAAAAAGAGAAAUUCAAAGGAGGAGAGGUGCGUAUGGAAGUGUUAUACUCCUCGUGGAGCAGAUACCGUAGCAUUGUGUAAGCUUACUCCUCUUUCGACAUAAAAUAAAGUAUUUCUAUCCCAACCAUGUCUUUCACUUGAUUGCCCAAAGUACUUUCUCCAUGACAGCGUACAGAGAAGGCUAAUGCAGCAAUCAGAAAAACUGGUUAUUUAUCCUGAGCACCAGUGGAAUUUACUUUUCCAUGGUAACAUCUGUGUGACUGCACUGAGGCAAGCCAGCAAUUUCAGGGAAAUAAAGCUGAAUAAAUUACUAUAAAU